GUCGAACGCUGUCAGCUGUACCCAGCAACCUAACCUACUUUGCCUAUUUUGCCAUAUGAGGUCGGUCACCCGACCGGAUACAUCUUACAUCCGCUUGACACUACUGAGCAGCGCGGUCCACCACUUGACCUAGUCUGCCUCUAUUGCGUAAGCGCUUAUUCUACUUAUGCGAUACUGCGUCUCCCCACUGCGUCUUUGCUCGAUUCUGCGACAUGCAACAUGCUAUCGCAGCCUGGUUUCUUUUGAAAGUAUUGCAAAAGAUGACGGGUAUACGAGAUCUGUGCAUUGUAAACCUCAGUGUAAGGAGAUCAUGCUGAAUGGCAAGGUAGUCAAGGCUUUUACGGGCCUGGUUGAUGGAUCUUCUGAACCACUGGGAGACCAGUUUGUGACUCUCCAGAUGAAGCUUACCUACAAACACGAUCUCGACUUGGCAGCAGUUUUCAGUUGGAUUCGAUCAUACGUCAAACAACAAAAUAAACUUCGCCAAAUCGUAACACCUGCUGCUGUACAGCAUCUUGGACUUGAUCUUGCAGUGGCCCACAUGAUUUGCAAAAUCGGAGGUCGCGUACAAUUCGUAGGUAAUGAAAAGUGGUUCUUCCGUUAUGCCGGUCUUCACUCCGGACUUCCAAGUCGGUACGCUGGGGAUCUGCACUUGGAAUCCAUAGACCUUUCCGGUACAAAUGUCGUCUACGAAGGUUUCGAAUUAUUUCCACAACUAACAGAGCUCCGCAAUCUACGGUUGAGAAGGUGCAUGCAUGUGAACGAUUUCUGUCUCUCUCGAGUGGGAAGGAUCACUGGCCUUACUCUCUUGGAUAUUGGUGAAUGUCCACGAUUGACUGCAAAAGGUCUGGCUUCUCUGACGCAACUGAAGAGUCUCCGACACCUUCUGGUGCAUAAUAAUCCCAUGAUGGAGAACAAGGAAUUGGCCUGCUUGAUGCUUGAGGACCACCUCCCAAAACUUUACGUCGACGGCGUCGAUUAUCUAGACGCACUGCCGGAUCAUGCGCAAUGUAACAUCGCAAAGCUGAUCACAGACGGCAGCCCAGUGCCCAUAUCAGAUUCGGUACGAACAGAAGAGGGCAGGCAGGUGGUCGAUCCGUCUAUAGACACAGAUGAUCACAUCCGUCAAAGAGCUUUGAACUGAAUUCCGUACGAAUAAAAGUUUAUGCAUGCUUUUAUGUUCAAAAUACAAAAAUUGAAAGAGAA